AUGACAGGCAUUGCUGAAUCUCAAACAGCAGAGUCUUUGGCGGCAUUCCAAGCUGGCACUAAACGGAAAGGUGCAUUUGAUAUACCAGCUCUGACGAACAACAUUUAUGCAAACAAAAAGCGGAAAACCAAUCAGUGGCCACGGGAACAACAAGCAGAAGAAGAAGAAGAAGAAGAAGAAGAAGCAUUUCAAAGGGGUCGUUACGGGUUUGAUGACCUGGGUAUCUUGCGGACAAAACCAGUGACAAGUUGGCUCGAUGGAAUGUCCUCGCCGGUCUACCUCGAAUCCGUGGUGAUUGGCGAUCUGUUUGACCAAGUUUCGUUAGAACGUGCAUUGUACGGAAGACUAGAAGAAAUAGCCACACUGCCUGCUCCGUACGGUCUUCAUCGCCCUAAAAUCGUUCACACAUCCGAGCCAUUUGAGUUUUCCAAACCCGUGGUGGAAUCGAAAAAUGCGACAGUCAUACCUACUGGGACAGCCAUCUUGUGGAUAGCCGGAUUUUCCAAGUCAGAGGUCCUUGUGUAUGGCAGGAAACAAGGCGCACCGAAAGGGAAACCUACCACUGCAAAAACCAGGUAA